GGCAGGGCCGGGCGCGCUGCAGGGCUGCCCGGCCGCGGGGCCGCCAUGCCCGCCAAGUCCAAGUACAACCUGGUGGACGACCGGCACGACCUGCGCAUCCCCCUGCACAACGAGGACGCCUUCCAGCACGGCAUCUGCUUCGAGGCCAAGUACAUCGGGAGCCUGGAUGUGCCACGGCCGAACAGCCGCGUGGAGAUCGUGACGGCCAUGCGGCGCAUCAGGUAUGAGUUUAAAGCCAAGAAUAUCAAGAAGAAGAAGGUGAAUCUCAUCGUGUCGGUGGACGGCGUGAAGGUCAUUCUGAAGAAGAAGAAGAAGCUUCUUUCAUUGCAGAAAAAAGAAUGGGCCUGGGACGAGAACAAAAUGCUCGUCAUGCAUGAUCCCAUCUACAGGAUAUUCUAUGUAUCUCAUGACUCCCAGGACCUAAAGAUCUUCAGCUACAUUGCCAGGGAUGGGUCUAGCAAUGUCUUCAGGUGCAACGUCUUCAAGUCCAAGAAGAAGAGCCAGGCCAUGCGCAUCGUGCGGACGGUGGGGCAGGCGUUCGAGGUGUGCCACAAGCUGAGCCUGCAGCACACCCAGCAGAACGCCGACGGCCAGGAGGACGCAGACAGCGACAGGAACGGAGACGACCUGGACGUCCCAGCCUGUCGCCUCUCCGGCGUGGAGAGAGCGGCCACCUCGGCCGAGGAGACCGACAUCGACGCCGUGGAGCUGCCGCUGCCCGGAGCCGACAUCCUGGACUUCAGCCGCGGCGUCACCGACCUCGACGCCGUGGGCAAGGAGAGCUGCCUCCACCCUGAAGAUAUCCUGACAGCAUCGCCCAAGAUGCUGCUGCCCUCGUCUGCCCAGCUGCCCGACCUGGGAACACCCCUCUCUGCCCACCACCAGAUGCAGCUUCUCCAGCAACUCCUGCAGCAGCAGCAGCAGCAGACACAAGUGGCCGUGGCACAGGUCCACCUGCUGAAGGACCAGCUGGCAGCAGAGGCAGCGGCACGGCUGGAGGCCCAGGCUCGUGUGCACCAGCUCCUGCUCCAGAACAAGGACUUGCUGCAGCACAUCUCACUGCUGGUCAAACAGGUGCAGGAGCUGGAGCUGAAGCUGGCGGGAAACACGACCACAGGCUCCCAGGACAGUCUGCUGGAGAUCACCUUCCGCUCCAACGCCCUCCCCGUCCUGUGCGACCCGACCACCCCGCAGCCCGAGGACGCGCACCCGCCGUCGCUGGGCCCCAGCCCGGCCUUCCCCAGCAGCAUGGGCAGCCCCAUAGGUAGGAACGACUGUCUGGUGAAGCUGGAGUGCUACCGCUUCCUGCCGGACUCGGGGCCGCCCGCCCCGGAGCCAGCCCUGGGCAGCCUGGAGCUCAUCAAGUUCCGCGAGUCGGGCAUCGCCUCCGAGUACGAGUCCAACACGGACGAGAGCGAGGAGCGCGACUCCUGGUCCCAGGAGGAGCCGCCGCGCCUGCUCCACGUGCAGCCCAGGCAGGAGCUGGGCGACAGCCUGGAGGACGAGAUCGCGGUGUAGGGGUCAGCAGGAGGUGGUGCAGAGCGGCCAGGGCCUGCUGGAGCCGGGGGGGACCCCGGCCGCAGCGCCGUGGCCCUGGCAGGGAUGGCGCAGCCCAGAGGGAGGGGGGCGGAGGAGGGAGCAGGAGGAUUCCGGCGCCCGGUCGCGAGUGUCUGGAGGUGAGGACGGAGCCGUGCCCAGGGCGUGC